GUCGUAACGGAUCACCUCAGGGAGAGGGCGAGGAGGCGCCCGCCGCGGACAGGCCGCGGGCCGAAAAGGGGAGUGAGGCUCUUCUCCCGGCCCGUGCGACGGGCCCCGAGCGGGACGGUGCCACUCCGGGAAGCGGAGGGGAGGCGGCCUCGGCGAGGCGAGCGCUGGGCCUGCCGCGGCGCUGCCGCCUGGGGCGCUCCGUUGCGCUACCUGCCUCGCUGGAGAGCAAGCGGCGGGGACGAGGCCGUCGCUCAACUGCGUAUUUCAGUCGGAUUUCAAGAACUCGCUUGUGCCGUCCUCCUCGAGAGGAACACCCUCUGUCACCUCACCCAGUAACUUGCCUUCCCUAAGCUACGCAGCAAAAUUGGACCUUGAUUCAACUCUGUGAUGUCUUCCCCUGAAAUUGCUUCCCUUUCAUGGGGUCAGAUGAAAGUGAAAGGCUGUUCUACAACAUAUAAGGACUGCAAAGUAUGGCCGGGAGGAAGCCGAACCUGGGAUUGGCGAGAAACCGGGACUAAUCAUUCUCCAGGAGUGCAGCCAGCUGACCUUGAAGAAGUUGUCAAGAAGGGCGUUAAAACUGUAGUGAUUGGUCGUGGCAUGAGUGAGGCUUUGCAGGUACCACCAUCUACUGUGGAGUAUCUUAAGAAAAAUGGUAUUGAUGUGUUGGUCUUACAAACAGAGAAGGCUGUAGAGGAGUACAAUGCACUGGCUGCUCGAGGUGUCAAAGUGGGAGGAGUCUUCCAUUCCACAUGUUGAAACAUUAGUUAAUACAGCCUUCCCUGACCUCAGCCAAAACAAGGAUAUACCUUCUGCCUGGAUCAGAUUACAGUAAACAGAGUGGACUUGUGUGCAAAGUGCCAAGGCAUUAAUGUAGGCUGAAAAUCUCAAAUGCAAGGAUAAUUUAGCACUUCAGGAUUGAAACAAAUUGAGUGCUCACAAACGGAGUUUAUUAAUGACAGAAAAUCGUUUAGUUGCAGAAUAUAGCCAUAUACUCCUGAAUUUGACCUGAUCCUCCUCUGAAGAUUGCUCAUAUUCUGGUUACAUAAUUUUUCACCUGUUUGCUAAAUUAAAGUUUAGAUUGUGAAUAUUUCCCCUGGGAAAUAAACCACAACUACCUUGUUAAGUAUUGGAACAUAGCUAUUAGAUAUUUGGUGAGUACAAUGAAAUGGUACAUAUGAAGUGGUGAUAAGCACUAUUAAAUAAAGCGUUAUUCUGUCCUUAGUCAUCACAUAAAUAAGCUUUAAAAAGCCCCAAUUCUGCCUCCUAUUGGCGACUUUGUUCAGGACAUUAACUGUGCAGAUCUGUUUCUUUGUGAUGAAUCAAGAAUAUUGCGUAACUUGGCACUUUUAAAUUUUACAUUGAACCUGAAAAAGGAAAAAAGCUUACAUGCUAUAAACAUAAAAUUUGGGCUGUAAGGAAUUUUCCCAUUAAUCGUGAAUAUUGAGGUGUAGAAUGCAUUUCAAUUCAAAAGUCUCUAGCUUUUUAAAAUGAACAGACAGAUCAAUUAGUUUGCAAUAUAAAAUGUCAGCCCGUAGGAAAUUAGUCUGAAUUAAAUUGCUGCUAUUAUGAUGCUGCUAGCAAGCUGGGAAUGGCUGUUGGAAUACUUAAUCAUCAGGUAAUGAUGAUCAGUUAAACAUUGUGCCGACAAGUAUAUUAUUACAGUGAAGAUUUUAGAAGUUUCUCAUGUUCUUACUGUUGCUCCUCUUCUUACUGUUUCUCCUGCUUGGUGGGCUUCUAUUAAUACGACCAGUUGUAAGUUACUUAUUAUAGAUUUCUUUUCACCAGGCUCACGAGAUUUUGAUCAAGUCUGUGCAUAUUAGCAAAAGUGCAGAGAGAACAUUACUAAAAGCCCUGAGGCUCUUAGAGCUAUCCAAAGUAGUAGUGGAGAGGCUUGCAUUAGUGUGAGAACUGAAUGACUUUCCCAAGAACCAAGAAUAACCUUUUACAAAAUGACGUGUUCUUUUUCUGUUUGGUUGUUCUAUUAAGCUUUGAAAACCUUUUAUUUCAUAAAAUACAAUGUAGUGUAAAAGCAAAGGGAAAGUGAGUACUUAGCAUUAUGGAGUUUUUAUCUUACAAUCUCUUAAUUACAGUAACAUUUUGUAAUAGUGUGGCUACAUUUAAGGCAAAAUCUUAUCUAAAACAGCAAGAACUGCAUUUGUGUUCACUGACACAGCUGUAAAUGCUAUGACAUUGUUCUGAAUAGUUUGCAUUGUAUGAAGUAGAAGGUGAACCACCGAUCCCAAAGACCACAGUUUUCUCAAGAGAAUGCCGGUAGAGCAAGUUCUUACCAAUCUGCACAGAGUUUGAAGACUUUAUUUUGCAUUAAGGCAUUAUCUUGCAGUGGCGUAGGGUUUGACUCUUUCAGUCACCAUCGUAUAGUUGCAUUAUUUCUUGAACUUUUGAAGCUUAAGGAAGCUUUAAGUAGGAGGAUGCUUGGUAAGGCUUCUGCUAAGAGAAUAAUUCCAGCUGCUUAAGCACCACACAUGCAUAUUAUGCUGCUCUGAGAAGUUAAACAAACACCUUAUCUGUCAUCUUCCCCCCCCCCCUUUUUUUUUUCUGUCGCCAUGUUAAUGUGGCACUGAAAUCACUUUCUGGAGGAAGCCACAUUCAGCAAAACUGCUAGGCAUGCAUCUUAUAUUUGAGAAAAAUAUCAUGGUCUGUAUUUGUAUUUGAGAGAAAUACAGUGUAGCUGGUUCCAAACAGCAUGAAAGGAGCUAAGCCUUCUUAGCUCUGCCAGGUGACUUGUAGAGGUGCACCUUACGCUGUUUUAUGCUGUAGCCUUUUAAUUGUUCCUGUAUCCCCCUAGUUGCCAAAUAAAAGAAUAUUCCACUUCUAAAAUGGGGAGGUGCAGAGUGCAAGGAAAUGGAUUUUUCUCUCUAAGGGUAAACUGCAUCCUGCUACCAUCAGUACAGAAGUUCAGUGUCAACAAGAAGAUAAUGUGCUGUAAGUCUUUUCCAUCCCUAUUUUCUAUUAUCGCGCUUGUCACAGUUUCCUGAGUCAGCUUUGUCAAUUCCCACAAAAGAGCCUGCUCCGAUCAUUGAAAGCCAGAUUUCCUUCUCAGUGGCUGAAGCUGCCUCGCUACAUGGUUGAAUCAGCUGGGACUGAUUCAUCAAAAGCGGUAUCUUUAUUAAAUUGCUGUUUUCAGCUCAAGUCAUAAAUAUUUUUUUUUUAAAUUAAGGUCUCCAAGACCAAAUCAUGGGAAUGCACUUUAUAGGGCAGGCAUACAGCACUUCUCUGCCUCCCACCAUGAAAACCAUCUCCCAGUAGGCCAUGAUCUCCCACCCUGACAAACUCAUUAAAAUAAAGCCACUUCUGGGCUCGGUGCCAAGAAGAUUCCAGCCCAGCUGUUCCUGCCGCUGAGCAGUUCAGUCCCGGGCGCUUAUCUUUGUGAAGCAGCAUGCAUGAUCUGGCAGCAAGAAGAGGCAGGCCCUAGAAGCCUCAACUGAAUGCAACAUGACCAGCAUUUUUAAGGAACAUUACACAUCAUCUAUGCAAAGCCUGGCAUCUAUAUGCCUUCAAACUUUAUUUUAAAGUCUCACCAAUAUUGCAGAAUCAAACUGUAAAGUGCAGAUCCAAAGGAAACCCACGUGUGUGAGAGCGCUCAAGAUGAGGCUUAUGGUCCUCACUGAAAUGCACACAAUGUUCAUUUUUCUUCCAAAUAACUUUCUGGUUUGCAUCUCUUGCAGUGAGUGUACCUGCCUACUUAAUUUUUCUAUACCUCUAAAAAUAAAAUAUGUUGAAGCCAUGCCAUACUUGAAUUAAUGUCUUCAAGUUUGUUCCAAAUAAAUUCAUUCACUGUUUUAACUGUU